GCGACCGUUUCUACAUCUUACCACUCUCCUGAUCUAUUAUUUGUUUCGAGACCUCAGUUUUCCGCAACGAUGAAGUUGUCCUUAAUCACUUUCGUUUAUGCUCUCUUACCAGCAUUGGUCUCUGCUGCCAUUUUCCCGUCAAACACGCAAGUUAAGAUGCUGGAUCCAAAGGGUUUCAGAAAGGCCAUGAAAGAAAACCGUACCAGCGUCGUUGCCUUCGUCGCCCCGUGGUGUGGGCAUUGUCAAAGAAUGGCUCCGGAGUAUAGUAAAGCUGCUAAAAGUCUACACCCCCUCGUUCCUCUCUAUGCCGUCGAUUGUGACGUUGAGAGUAACAAAAGGCUGUGUGCCGAUCAGGGUGUCCAAGGGUUCCCUACAGUUAAGUUAUUCCCUCGUGGAAAUCAAGCACCCGCCAAAGACUACAACCAACAAGAGCGAACGUCUGGAAGGAUCAUCCGUUGGGCAUCCGAUGGCGUACCUAACAAAGUAAAAAACCUACCUACUUCAAAUGACAUUUCUACUUGGGCGGGCAAGAACUCCUAUUCUCCUCGCGUCAUUCUCCUCAACAAGGAUAAGAAAUCGCCUCUACUGUGGCAAGUUCUAGGAAAUAACUACUGGAAAAAACUCUCGUUCGGUCAUCACAGUGAUCCUAGCGGAAAUACUGCUGCUACAUUGGGUUUCGAGGCCGAGGAAAAACAGUCAAAGGUCCUCGUCUAUCUGGCUGGUUCUGAAGAACCUAAAUUAUAUGACGGCUUGAACAAAUUCGAACCUCUGUCCCAGUUUUUCGAUUCAAUUUUGGAUGGGACAGCUGAUUAUAUGAGACAGGAGUCUCCGAGGGAUGAACUGUAGUUGCAACCAUUAGAUGACCAUUAUAUAUUGUAAUUCAGUGACAUGCAUGACAUUUAGUUUGAAAGCAAAAAUGUAAGACAGAAUGACACUGACGAUAUGGUCAUCACUGUAUCAAUAUCAAGUUGCUUAACCACU